AUGUCCGCGGCGAAGCUCAGCUCGUCUGUAGACAUUGGCCUUCCAAUAGGCAUACGGGUAGUGGCGGCGAAGGAGGAGGAUGUCAUUUCGUCACCAGGAGCCUUAGUAGUGGUGCCUGGAGAAGAGCACUCUAGAAGGCUUUGGCGCCCAAAGGGCGCUAAGCGAAAUAAUACGCUGAAUAUUCAGGAGGAAAAUUGUGCAGAAAAAUCGGAUAAUGAAGUGGAAUCUAUUUUUCAAAUUUGA